UAAAGAAACAAAACGUCAAAAAAAGUUUACUUGUUUGUUUAACAAGUUUUUACAAUAUUUAUAAAACUUCGCUACUUUUUAUAUAUUUGAAAUAAUUAUUUAAAAAAAAAUGUGCUACGUUAUAAUAACAGGACGAAGUUUGGCAUGGCUACUGUUAAGUGUAGUUUCGUUUAUGCUAAUUUUAACCGGGAUUAUGACCCCCAAAUGGUUGUUGGGACAACCAGUUGUUUUAAAUGAGAAUAAUGUAACUUCUUUUUAUGUUCCCAGUGUAGGUAUAUAUAACAGGUGCCUACGUAUGAGGAACGAGAUUAAUAAUUGUGCAUCAUUCUCAUUCUACGGAUUAGCUACGCAAGAUUCAGUCUAUCCUAAACCAUGGAAAGCUGCAAUGUUUUUCUUGUCUCUCUGUGCAGCUGUUCAAUUUUCUACAGUACUGGGAGGAGUGCUGGCUUGCUGCGUUCAGUCUGUGUUUAAAAAAAGUGUAAUUUCACUGGCCGGCGCCACACAAGCUCUUGGUGGAGUAGCGCUAGUGUUCUUAGCUAGUGCGCUAUCCAAAACAGCUGAUAAGGCAUCCAAUUCGGACAAAGUACAAUUCCAAAUGGACGAAGGAAAACAGCUGAUCUGUCUCGUUUGA